AUGGCUUCUCCGCCUCUUAAGCAAAGCGAAGCCGAUACGAUUGGCGAAAACCCCUUAGUCCUUGCCGUGUUCGAGGCCCGCCGUUGCGAUCUCCACACCACUCGAUCUCCUCAGUUUCUCGGCCUCAGGAACCAGCGCGGUCUUUGGUCCAAUUCCGAUUACGGCUCCAAUGUCAUUAUCAGUCUUCUUGAUACCGAAAUCUGGCCAGAGCGGCGUAGCUUUUUCGAUAGGAAUCUCAGAACUUGUUGGUGGGUGCUGGGUUCAUUGGUUGGGAUUGUAGGGUUUGUUGUUGUUGUUGUUGGUCUGAUCGUGGAUGAGUUGGGUGCUUUGCUGGGUUUCUAUUCUUUGGAUGAUUUGGUUUGGGUGUGGUUUCGUGUGGGUUUUCCUGUGUUUGCUCUUGUUGAUGCUCUUUGA